AUUGGAGUUGUAGUGUCAACAUACAUAUCAGAUUUAUUAAUAAAGACGCUAUGGGUGCAUGUAUGCACCUAGGACCAUAUAGGAAAAGGAUAUGAGAUUUAUGUCAUUAUCUAAUAUGAUGGUUAGCUAAACUAAGAGAAAUAAAUCAAUGUUCAUUUUCUUAAGGACCCCCCUGGCGGCCAUAUUCUUAAGUUAUUUACGAUGGUGCAAUGUAUAAAUGGAUGGACUGUGUCUACAUUUACUCUGUUAAAAGGCUGUCUAGGAUCAUUGGUCGUGUUUGUUGCACUAAUAUUACUUUUUGCCACAACUGACACCAAAACACAUAAAAACAUAUUCAAUUUUAAUUUAAGAACAAUUGAAAUGGUAAAUCCCAUUCCUGUUUCAUAUCAUGAUAGUGGUGGCAACAAUAGGACCCGUGAUUUGGUUCAAGACAUGACUAAGGAUCCAAUACAGGACAUGAGCAAGGAUCCGGUACAUGACAUGUUCCAAAAUGGGGAAAAUGAUAUGUUGUCUUCGUCACACUCACUGGAUUACAAAAGGGUUGUAGACGCAUAUCGGACGGUGUCAUUAGAAGUGAAGCAAAUACUAAAUAGCACCAAUAAUAACAGUACACAAGAUUCAACAGCCCUCAAUGUAAAUCGAAUGCCAUCAACCGCAUUGAAAUGGGCACUUGACAUGUACAGGAGUAAAUCAAGUACUACAGUGAUUGGGUCUGAACAUUUAGAGUGCACGGGGGACGUUACUCUCACGCCGGUGGACCUAAGAAUUAUCGUUCUCACUCAGGAAAGAACGAAGUCGCUCCAGAUUUGUUUAGAGCAUAUUGAUAAUGCUGAAUACCAUGGUGAGAAGGUCGUCUUGGAUAUUUGGAUUGACCGGGAGAAUCAGACCAAUGAACUUAAUGAAGAACUUUUCAAAAUGGUGAGCAAUUUCAAAUUUAAGCCACAUAUUGUCAAAUGCGUGCAUAUACAAGAUAAAUAUGUGGGUAUAAUUGGACAAUGGAUCGAUUCCUGGAAACUCGGUCCAGAUAAUAAAGAAAUAUGCGUCAUUCUGGAGGACGAUGUCGAUGUAUCACCACAUUUUUAUACAUGGCUUAAGCCAGUGCAUUUAAAAUACCAGCACAGGGAUGACGUCUCGGGAGUAGGACUCUCAACGAUCUUUCCCGACCCCCUCGCAGAUAAACCGCAAUGUCUCGAAAAAAUGAAGCAAACACCAUCAAUGUGUAACGCGAUAAGAGUAGUUUUCAAUAAGAAUCCAGUUUACAUGUACAAAAUACCAACUACCUGGGGGUUCAGUCCUAAAAUCUCAAGUUGGAGAAAAUUCCAGAUUUGGUACCAUAACACAAGACGUUCUAACUCAACAUUUAAACCGACAAUAGAUGCCCCCAUCAUACACAACACAUGGUUCAAUGGGGUCAGGGACAUGUGGUCCAUGUGGCACAUCUAUCACUGUCAUACAAACAAACUUUAUUGCAUAUUUCCGAAUAUUGUAAAGAAUGGGAAAUUCGCUAAUCAUAGACAAGAAAAGGGCCUGCAUUAUUUUCCAGCCGAGACUAAGUCUCAGUAUACUUCUAGCUUGGUAGAAGAAUGGAAAGACAUGUAUCUUGACCUGCCGGAUAAACUUAUACAUGUAGAUUACGAUGGAAGCUAUGAAGAAGGCUAUUAACAAUUAAUGCUUGCUUGACUAAUUUGUUUCAUGUUUUUUUCAUUGUUUCACAUUAUAAGUGUUGUGUAUCCAUAAUACAUGGUUUGAACAUGUACACAUAAUAUUAAUCAUUUUCU